UGGAUCAGUGACAGUGUGUCAAUGGCUGCAGAUGCGUCGCAAAGGAAGGCUCUGAGAUACCAACAGACCCUGCUGUACGGCGAAUACCGGGAGCAGCUGGGAAACUUCGCCCGACGGGAGGCGGCUCGACUGCUGACAGAGAGACAAUGGAGGCGGCAGGCGGGGGAGAGCGUUGGUGCCCGAAGAGGCCGACGAAACCAGCAUCACCCACUGACCCUGGAGUCUCAUCCCAGUCAUGUGUCCUCCACCAAGAAGCCCCGCCCCUACUCCAAGUGUCAAGAUUGUUUGGCUCGGGUGCGACGGUAUAUAGUGACCAAACUGGGUGAGGACUGGAUCUUUCUGGUCCUGCUGGGCCUCACUAUGGCCCUGGUGAGCUGGUGUAUGGACUACACUAGUGCCAAGAGUCUGCAAGCCUAUAAGUGGAUGCAUGGUGAGCUGAAGGGCAAAGUGGCGCUGCAGUACCUCGCAUGGGUCACGUACCCCAUGAUCCUUGUCAUGUUCGCAUCCCUGUUCUGUCACCUGGUGUCUCCGCAGGCCAUCGGUUCUGGUAUUCCUGAGCUGAAGACUAUCCUGAGAGGCGUUGUCCUGAAAGAGUAUUUGACUCUGAAGGCAUUUGUAGCUAAAGUCAUCGGCUUGACUGCAGGCUUGGGCAGCGGGAUGCCAGUAGGCAAAGAGGGCCCAUUUGUCCACAUCGCGAGCAUCUGUGCCGCAGUGCUGAGCCGAUUCAUGUCCAUCUUUUCCGGAGUCUACGAGUAGAAUCCGUACGGUUACACAGACAUUCUGACGGUGGGCUGCGCUGUGGGAGUGGGCUGCUGCUUCGGCACUCCACUAGGAGGGGUGCUGUUCAGUAUUGAGGUCACGUCCACCUACUUUGCGGUGAGGAAUUACUGGAGAGGAUACUUUGCCGCGACGUUCAGCGCCUUCAUAUUCAGAGUGCUCUCUGUUUGGAACAAGGAUGCUGUGACCAUCACGGCUCUAUUUAAAACAAACUUCAGGAUGGAUUUUCCCUUCGACCUCCAGGAGCUGCCAGCAUUCGCCAUCAUCGGAAUCUCCUGUGGCUUCCUGGGAGCGUUUUUCGUCUACCUGAACAGACAAGUGGUUCUGUUCAUGAGGAGACCCACUGCGCUGACACGCUUCCUCACCAAGCACCGACUCAUCUAUCCAGGAGCCGUGACGCUGAUCAUCGCCACCUUCACCUUCCCUCCUGGGUUUGGACAGUUUAUGGCCGGAGAGCUGAUGCCCAGAGAGUGCAUCAACUCUCUGUUCGACAACUUCACCUGGACUAAGAUCACAGGUCCGACGGUCCCACCAGGGCUGGGUCGCUCAGCUGUGUGGCUCCAUCCUCAAGUCAGCGUCUUUGUCACGCUCCUCCUCUUCGUCGUCAUGAAGUUCUGGAUGUCAGCAGUUUCCACGACCAUGCCCAUCCCCUCCGGUGCGUUCAUGCCCGUUUUCAUAUUAGGAGCUGCAUUUGGUCGCCUGGUUGGAGAGAUCAUGGCUACUUUGUUCCCAAACGGAAUCCUGUUUGAUGGGAUCGUCUACCGCAUCCUUCCAGGAGGAUACGCCGUCAUCGGCGCUGCGGCGAUGACCGGUGCGGUCACGCACACGGUCUCCACGGCGGUCAUCUGCUUCGAGCUCACGGGUCAGAUUUCUCACAUCCUGCCAAUGAUGGUUGCGGUGAUUCUGGCCAACAUGGUGGCCCAGGGUCUGCAGCCCUCGCUCUACGACUCCAUCAUCCAGGUGAAGAAGCUGCCCUACUUGCCCGAGCUGGCCCUCGGACACAUCAGUAAGUACAACAUCUUUGUGGAGGACAUCAUGGUGCGCAGGGUGAAGUUCUUGUCCUCCCACUCCACCUAUCGGGAACUGAACCACCUGCUGGACACGACGACGCUCAAGACCAUCCCACUGGUCGACUCCAAAGAGUCCAUGAUUCUUCUAGGUUCCAUUGAGAGAACGGAGCUGCAGGCUAUCUUCGACUGGUGGCUCUCCCCAGCGAGGCGGGUCUUUGAAAGAGCUCAGAGUUCACCAGGUCAGGGCUCCAAAGUCAGUUGGGAGUCAUUUACCUUUGUGGACGAGGAGGGAGGUCAAGGCCCCGCUGACAAGACGACGACUUCGCUGGCUCAGGACGGAUGCAACGGCCCGAUUCCGUCCCAAACCCCGCCACAGAAUCACACAGACUCUGACAAGCGGAAGCUGCCCUCAGUCAGGACAGCUCUUCAGAGACUCUUCUCCACCGCGUCAGCGUCGGGGCAGGAUGAGACUCAGGAGACGGCGCCCCCCACGUUAACUGACACCAUGUCCCCGGAGGAGAUCAAAGCCUGGGAGGAGGCAGAGAUGGACAAGCCCGUCGACAUGGAACAGAUCCGGAUCGACCCAUCACCGUUCCAGCUGGUGGAGAGGACCUCUCUGCACAAGACCCACACGCUCUUCUCUCUGCUGGGCCUCAGUCACGCCUACGUCACUAGUAUCGGCAAGCUGGUGGGCGUCGUGGCACUGAAGGAGCUGCAGAAGGCCAUCGAAGGCUCCACUCGCAGCGGCGUGAGGCUGCGCCCCCCUCUGGCCAGCUUUAGAGAUGCCAGCAGGAAGGCAAAGAAGCACCAGCCUCCCUCCUCCACUCCAUCCUCCCCCACAUGGGACAGAGACCUGUGGGGGGAGGGCAGCAGGAGAGAGGGGGAGUCGGCGAGGAGAGAAUCCAAAGAGGUCUCGUCUUCCAGAGGUGAUGCCCCAUCUUCGCCAAGUAGUGUCGGCGGAGACACCGAGGGGGCGUCGCCGUCCACCUCCUCCCCCGCCUCACCUUCACCUCCGCCCUCCCCUGCGUCACCCACCCACCCUCCCGUCCUCACCCUGUCCUCCCUGCAGGAGGAGCAAGAGAGCGAGGAGUCCGACGAGCCCAUUUAGCAACCUCAAUAGGAACAGACUUUUUUUUUAAAUGGAGGCAUUGGACUCGGACAGCUGAACUCCUCACAUGGGAUUCCACUUUUACAGUUUCCUCUCAGGUGCCGCCCUGCGCCUUCCCAGCUGCAGGUUUCAACCCUACAUUUCACUUUUGUUUGUGCCUCU